CUUUCUUUCCUUUUCUCCCACUGGCGGCCCCUCUAGCCCUUCCCGUCCUCCUCCAGUCCUGCUACUCAUCCCACCCCCGGCCCAUGGCCACCACCGCCUGCUCCUCUUCCUCCUGCGACCACUACUUCUACUCCUGCCGCCUAGCUCUUCCUCGUCGUGCUCCCAUGCCAUAGACACGCGCGCGUCCGACGAUCGAUCGAGCCCCCGGCCGGCCAGUAACUAACUGAUCGAGCUUGCUAGCCAGCGAGGGAGCGAGGAGCGCGGGGGCGAGGCGGCGUACGCGCGUUUGGUUUCCCGGAGGGUCCGGAUCGGGGAUGGUGCUGGAUCUCAAUGUGGAGUCGCCCGCGGGCUCCGGCUCCUCGAGCUCCUCCGUGCUCAACAACUCCGCCGGGGGGGACGCCGCGUCUGGCGGCGGCUUCCGGUUCGGCCUGCUCGGGAGCCCCGCCGACGAUGAGGCCUUCUCCUCGGGGUUCGUCACCAGGCAGCUCUUCCCCCCGCCCGAGCGCGGGGCCACGCCGGGGAUGAUGAUGAUGACGGCGCCGGCGCCGGUGCCGUGGCAGCCGCGCCGCGCCGAGGAUCUCGGCGUGGCGGCGGCGGGACAGCAGCAGCUGGCGACGCCGGCGGUCGCGAAGAAGACGCGGCGCGGGCCCAGGUCCCGGAGCUCGCAGUACAGGGGCGUCACCUUCUACAGGAGGACCGGCCGCUGGGAGUCGCACAUCUGGGAUUGCGGGAAGCAAGUCUACCUAGGUGGCUUCGACACCGCGCACGCCGCCGCGAGGGCCUAUGAUCGCGCGGCGAUCAAGUUCCGGGGGCUGGAAGCCGACAUCAACUUCAAUCUGAGCGACUACGAGGAGGAUUUGAAGCAGAUGAGGAACUGGACCAAGGAGGAGUUCGUGCACAUACUCCGCCGACAGAGCACGGGGUUCGCGAGGGGGAGCUCCAAGUACCGCGGCGUCACCCUGCACAAGUGCGGCCGCUGGGAGGCGCGGAUGGGACAGCUGCUCGGCAAGAAGUACAUAUAUCUUGGGCUGUUUGACAGCGAAGUUGAGGCUGCAAGAGCAUACGACAGGGCAGCCAUUCGCUUCAAUGGGAGGGAAGCUGUUACUAACUUUGAGAGUAGCUCCUAUAAUGGAGAUGCUUUACCCGACACCGAAACUGAGGCAAUUGUUGAUGCUGAUGUUCUUGACUUGGAUCUACGGAUGUCGCAACCAAACGCUCACGACUCCAAAAGGGACAACAUCGUCGCUGGCCUCCAGUUAACGUUUGAUUCCCCUGAACCGUCAAGCAUAAUGGUCUCUCAGCCAAUGAGCGCAUCUUCCCAGUGGCCUGUGCAUCAGCAUGGCACAGCAGUACCACCUCAGCAGCUCCAUUUGUACUCGUCUGCUAGUCCUGUCUUCUUUCCGAGCCUACAGGAGAGGCCGAUGGAGCGAAGGCCCCCUGAGUCGGGGGGUCCCGUUCAGCCAUUCCCCAACUGGGGGUGGCACCAGGUGCCGGCGGGAGGCUCCUCCCGCUCGCCGUUGCUCCAUGCUGCAGCAUCAUCAGGAUUCUCUACCGCCACCGGCGCCGCCGCCCAGCAGCUGCCGCCGUUCGCGGAUCACCGGUUCUACUUCCCCCCCUCCGCCUGACGCCUGACAACCCUUCUCGAGGUCGACCCGGGACGGCGGUUCAAACGAUCGUGUGGCGUUCGCGCCUUAUGGGCAACUGUUGUCAGAUUAACCAAAGAGAGACACGCCGAUUACGGCUGUUGGUCUCUCUGCUGCCCUUGCCAUGAUCCCAAUCGCAUCAUGGACUGUGUAUUUAUUAUUAGAUCAUGUAUCGUAUGUUUAAGCUUUUCCCAAUGAAAAAAACUUCCAAACGGCAUGUUCACUCAUGUCACACAAUCA